AUGUCUGAUGUGGAAGUGGAUCCACAGCAGGCUCACCCCCAUCCAAUGGUGGCGAUUGCUCCGAGGAGACGUCGUCCAGGCGGCCGACGAGGAGGAGGAGGAGUAGGAGGAGGUUUGCAGACCGGUACAAUGGAUGCAGCUACGUCCUCGUCGCCGCCACCCCGUUUCUGUCCGCUGGCCGAGGGCGUCGAGGACAACUGGACGUGGAGCAAGCGGCAUCGCUCCAAGGAAGUAGUGCUCAGAGGCCCCAACUCGCGGACCGUGCACUUCCAUCCCAACUGGAGCAAGGGCACUGCCGGUGUCCAGGGCAAAAGAUCCCUGAACAACGGACGAUAUUACUGGGAGCUCCAUGUCUCGCAGCGGGUCUUUGGCACCUCGAUAAUGUUCGGUAUCGGUACCAAGUCCGCCCGGCUCCAUGCCAACGCCUUCCGGAACAUGCUGGGCGAGAACGAGCACGGCUGGGGAUUGUCCCACAAGGGCGUGCUCUGGCACAAGGGCGUGGCUCUGCUGUACACGAAGCGCUUCCGCGAGAAUCAGCCCACCCAGAUCGGAGUGCUCUUCGAUGGCAUCGAGGGCACACUCACCUUCUACAAGGACGGCAAGUGCCUGGGCGUCGCCUUCCGUGGAUUGGAUCAGAUUGAUGAGCCCUUGUACCCCAUUGUAUGCUCUACUGCCGCCAAAACGGAGAUGACCCUGAAAUGCACCAGGAGGGAGUUCGUCAACCUGCAAGAUCGCUGCCGGGCGGUAAUCAUGCGGCGGGUGCGGAGCGCAUCGCAACUGGAGAAGCUGAAGCUACCGCUGCCCAUCGCCGACUAUCUGAGAGAGGUGAUCGAUGAGAAGGAGCCACUGCGUCAGGUGAAUCAGCUGGAGAUGUGCAUUAUGAAUUACGAUUUGUAUGAGGCCCGUGAAUGAAUUAAGUGCCAUCACAUAUUGGAGUGUGCACACGUCUCCCAGAAGAUGCAGUGGCGCCUCUGGGACGUUUGGUGCAUUUCCCGUAGUAGUUAAGCAUCUGGAAUUAUCAAGUGUGGAUAAUCCGACAUUUUAAUUUGACUUCAUUUGUAGGAAAAAUGUGGGGAAAUAGGCCAAUUCGGUGCAAUAUUUGUGAUAUAAGAAAUGAGAGUACGAGUAUAUGGAAACGUGUUUCUGGGCUUCAAGUGCUUGGUAGAUAACCGCAAGAUAAGCUAGAGCUAAGCAUAUUUUUCGGUACAGACGAGUGUGAAAUCUAGUCAGAAAGAACACGCUGCUAAACUAAUUUUGUAAAUUUGCGGACAGCAAUUAAUGCUUAAGUACUGUAAUGUAACAAAAUGGAAAUGUGUCUAGUCAUAAAUUGCAAAUAUAGCAAGUGUAAUUUAGUAAAAAUGAUUUAUGUAUAAUGGUUUAAGUAGAUUUUUGUUUCUGUUUAUAUAAAUUACUACACAUAAUGUAAUUGGUACAUGACAAAACAGACAAAUAUUAUGAAAAUGAAAUUCGUAAGGAGCGCUCAAAACAAUUUGGCGAUAUUAAUUUGCAAUUGUCACUUGAAUUUACAUAAAUAAACAUAAAUUUACUAACUA